AUGAAGCAGUGCGUGAUAUUGAUGAUGGUCACCCUGUGUGUCCGUGGGGCACCAGUGGACCCUUUGACCCCUGGAUCCUGUCAGGACGCUGCAGCUAAUGGAGCUGCGGCAGAAGCCUUGAAUAAGAUCAAUCUGGACCGCACAGAAGGUUACGUAUUCAGUAUGGAUCGUCUCAGUAAUGUCCACUACAUGAAGCAUGGUGAGACAGGGGUCGUUUUUUAUUUAACUCUUGAUGUUUUGGAGACCAACUGUCAUGUCCUCAGCAAGAAGAACUGGAAAGACUGUGAAACCCGGGGCCCUGAACAAUACCCGCUGUAUGGUCAGUGUAAGGCAGUAAUUUACAUGAACAGAGUUCAGAGGGUGAGCCGUCUUUACAAAUACAGCUGUGUCGUGAGGCCAGUGCCCGCUUCCAAAGUCAGAGAACGGUGCCCAGACUGCCCUACACAACUAUCUAAGGAUCAUGAAGAGAUCGAGAAGACUAUGAAGAUGGCCAUGGAGAAAUACAAUAAAGAGAGUGGUCUGGCUAACUACUUUGUUCCUCUGAAUGUUACAAGAGCUUCCGGUCAGUAUGGUUUUGGAAGAUUCCAUCAUGUGGAGUUCACCAUUCAGGAGACAGUGUGCUCUAACAAAACCAGUAUUGAUGACAUCUCUAAAUGUGAGCUCAUGGCAUGCGAAUUUGCGCACAAUGGAUUCUGCAAAGCUUCCCACUCUGUGAUGAGGCCCGCCCAGGAAAAUCUCAAUGUCGAAUGUGAAAUCUUUGAGCCUGAGGCAUCUGCUGAGGAGAAGAAGAAACACUUGAUCGGAGGUGAAGUGGACCACAGCCACAGCAGGACUGGCUCAUCUGCUGGACAUGACCACGCCCAUGACCACACAAAGCCCCAUAAACACAGCCAUGACCACGGCCAAGGUUCAGGUCACCACCACCACACACAUGAGCACGGCAAGGGCCACGGACACGCUCACUCCCAUGAUCACUCUCACGACCACGAUCACGCUCACGCUCACCACGACAAGGCCCACGAGCAUGGCCAGGACGAGUGGGAGCACCAACACCACCAGUAUGGUCACAAAAAAGACGAGACCCAUGAACACGAUCAUGAGAUGGUUCUGGACCACGAGCACAAGCACAGACACCUCCACAGUCACGAACACCAUCAUCAUCACCACGACCACAAGAACAAAACUGCAGAGAGAAACCCUAAGGGGACGAUUGAUGUCCUGCCUCCUGUAGACAAACCCAUGGUCCUUCCAUCCUUCCCUGACAAGCCCGUCGCUGGAGAUGAGAACCCAUCCACCCUCCCUUUUCACCCUGACCCCCAGAUUCCAAGACAGAGGGAACCCACCAUUCUUCCCUUUCCAAGCAAAACAUCCCCUGAGUGUCCAGCAGAGUCCAAAAUCGAAAACUUCAUCCUCAAGCAGCUCUUCAGCGAGGAUCCGCUUUUCAAACCAACUGAGUAG